CUUCGUUUUCUGGACCAUCCAGUUGAGAAUCAAAGACAUAUAUGCGACUUGAUUGAGGCCUUAACAUAGUAGUAUUUGCCAAGAAAAUCGCAUUAGCAUAACCAAAUGAAACCAAAAAAAUGCUAAGGAAAAUCUCUCUCUCUUUCGUUCACCGUAAACAUGUUCUACUUUUAAGCGUCCCAAACAAUCCCUUAGCCCACCAUUGUCUAACCUUUUGUUCAGUCCCGCCAAAUUCCUCAUAUUUAUAUAUUCUAAAUUCCAACGGUCGCCUAAACCCAGAACAGGGUCUUGACGUGAAAAUGAAAUUUAAGGAUUACGAUUCUUUGUUAAGAGAAUGCAUAAAGAGAAGGGCCUUGGGAGAAGGCCAAGGGGUGCAUGCUCGCAUGAUUAGAACUUGUUAUAACCCGCCAGAGUACCUUAGAACAAGGCUGAUUGUGUUGUACGUAAAGUGUGAGGUUUUGGGCGAUGCAGUAAGAGUGUUUGAUGAAAUGCCUGAAAGGAAUGUGGUUUCAUGGACCGCAGUUAUCUCGGGGUUUGCGAGAAGUGGGGGUCACUCUGAAGCUCUCAAUCUUUUUGUUCGGAUGUUAAGAUCAGGUACCAAUCCUAAUGAGUUCACUUUUGCAACAGUGCUGACCUCUUGUACUGGUUUAUUCGGGCUCCAGAAUGGAAGGCAAAUUCAUUCCCUUCUAGUUAAAAGCCCAUUUGAAUCCCAUAUAUAUGUUGGUAGCUCACUUCUUGACAUGUAUGCCAAAGCUGGAAGAAUCCAUGAGGCCCGAUAUAUAUUUGAUGGUUUACCCGAAAGAGAUGUUGUUUCUUGCACAGCUAUAAUAUCAGGCUAUGCUCAGUUAGGACUUGACGAAGAGGCAGUCGAGGUGUUCCGUAGGUUGCAAAGGGAAGGAAUGACUUCUAACUACGUCACUUAUGCCAGUAUAUUAACUGCAUUAUCUGGGCUUGCUGCAUUUGAACAUGGACGGCAAGUUCACAGCCAUGUUCUUCGAUCAGAGCUUCCCCUCUAUGUCGUACUUCAGAAUUCUUUAAUUGAUAUGUAUGCAAAAUGUGGAAACUUAAUUUACUCAAGAAGAAUCUUUGACAAAAUGCCUGAAAGAACUGUCAUCUCUUGGAAUGCAAUGAUAGUGGGGUAUAGUAAACAUGGUAUGGGAAAAGAUGCAAUUGACCUGUACGAAAUGAUAAGGGAAGAAAGUAAUAUCAAACCUAACAGAACCACCCUUUUGGCCGUAUUGUCUGGUUGCGGCCAUGGAGGAAUGGAAAAUAGAGGGCUGGAAAUUUUUAACGAUAUGGCAAUUGGUAAAGAUGGGAUUGACCUUGGUAUUGAGCACUACGGCUGUGUUGUUGAUUUACUUGGGCGUGCUGGCCAAGUAAGGAAGGCUUUUCAGUUCAUCCAACAGAUGCCUAUCAAACCGAAUGCUGCUAUUUGGGGUUCCCUUUUAGGUGCUUGUCGGGUUCACCGGAAUGUUGACAUUGGAAGAAUUGCUGGUGAUCAGCUUCUUGAAAUAGAGCCUGAAAAUGCCGGGAAUUAUGUUGUUCUUUCCAAUUUAUACGGUUCUGCAGAAAGAUGGGACGACGUAAGAAGAUUAAGGGAAUUGAUGACAGAAAAAUCCUUGACGAAGGAGCCAGGAAAGAGCUGGAUUGAGCUCGGACGAACCCUGCAUACCUUUUAUUCAAGUCAUCGAUCACAUCCAAUGAAGGAAAAGGUAUAUGCAAAGGUAAUAGAUUUAUCAAACCGGAUAAAGGAAGCCGGUUAUGCUCCUGAUUUGAGUUGUGUUUUGUACGAUGUGGACGACGAGCAAAAAGAGAAGAUACUGCUCAGCCACAGUGAAAAACUCGCUUUGGCUUUUGGGAUGAUUGGUGUUUCCGAAGGAAAACCUAUUAGAGUGAUGAAAAACCUACGAGUAUGUGUUGAUUGUCAUAACUUCGUCAAGUAUGUAUCUCAGAUUUAUAGCAGGGAAAUUUUGCUAAGGGAUAAAAGCAGAUUUCAUCAUAUUGUAAAUGGUAGUUGUUCGUGUGGAGACUACUGGUAAACCUUCACGGUUUACUUUUCGAUAGUGAAUUUGCUGCCAUUUCAACAACAAACUCCAUUUCAAUGUAUUAAUUGAUUCGUUGCAAUGUUAAGAAUUAAUUACUAGAUGCAUGUCAUAAAUUGAAUGCUAGAU